GACAGCGCCGACGUGGAGCUGCAGCAGCGAGCCGUCGAGCUGCUGCAGCUGUGCCGAGACGAGGAAAAGCUUGAUGAAGUUCUUGCGCCGAUGCCAGCGUACGCUGAAAGCGUGCAGCGGAACAACCCGCUGGUGCAGCGGCUCAAGUUCUCCUCCAGGAAUCGCGCUCACACCCGGGCCCAGCUGGAAGAGGCUGCUCGGAGCGAGGGCGGCAUGUACAAGUCCGCAGGGCGGCGGGAGGGGGACGGCCGGCCCUUGGACUUGCCGGACCCGGAAGGCCCUUCACGAGGUCCUUCCAGGAACGCUCAGGUGUCAGAGUCGGAGUCUUCGGAUUCGGAAGACGAAGAUGUCCCGAACGGCCACGCAGCCAGCGCAGCAAGCGCAGCCAGCGCAGCCAGCGGGCCGAACCCGAAGGAGCUUUGGCUACAAUUGUGCUUGGCUCAAACAGGAAGGUUUUACAGCUCCCCGCAGCUGGUCCUGGAGAUGAAGCAAGAGUACAAUACUGCCACUGGUCGCCUGACCAUCCUUUUUACAAACAACUCCAAGGGGCCAAUGAGCAACAUUCGUGUUCAAAUCCCCGAGGUGCCUUUCAUGAAGAUCCAGACGUUCAGCGAGGUCCCUGCCACGUUGAAACCUGGGGAGCAGGCGCCGCAUCUGGUGCAAGUGCAAUGCCUGCGGCCCUUUCUUCAGCCUACGAAGUAUGCUGUUGAGUACAGCGCUGGUGGAAGCACGCAGCAGGUACCCCUGAUGUUGCCAGCAGUCGUCACCAAGUUUGUGUCUCCAGCAGAAGUUCAGAUGCCUCAAUUUCGGCCCUUCUUUGACUCACUGGCUGGCCCUCCGCGAGAGCUUGUUGCCGUGGGACAGGCGAAGCAGCCGCCGAACCAAUGGCCAAACUAUUUGCAAAAGGGCUUCAACCUCUUUCUGCUGCCGGAGAGUGGACCAACUGCAGCAUUCGCCGCAGGCACGCUGCACACAGCGACUCCGGACCCGUCCCAGCCGGGCAAGAUGAUGACAGUCCCCAUCUUGGUUCGACUGGAGUACGACGGCGGGCGGCAGAUGGUGCGGCUCACUGUGCGGACGCAGCACGGGGAGGUGACAAGCAGCGUCGCGAAGAUUAUUGAGACCUACUUGUUGGUUCCUGCUUAG